GGGGCUGUAUGCUGGAAUCAUACUAGACACAAUCCACCAUGUCUACACUUUCGAGCUUCCCGACAAUCCUUUCCGAUUUGCAGACGACAAAGUACCUCAAUGUCGCUGGACUAGCAAUUUGGAUCUUUGACUAUGUUCUAUCAUUUGAAUCUGAGAUUCGUUUGGUCUGGGGAAGAAAAUGGGAUGCCACACGAAUCCUUUUUUCGCUUGCCCGCUACUUGACACUAGUUGGUGUUAUCAUGACCGUCUACGCUGCUGUGCAGACUCGGACAGGAAAUUGCGCACCCUUUGGCGAUGUUUCGAAUGUCUUCCACAUUUUGAGCAUCAUCGUUGCAGAAGGUCUGCUCAUUAUGCGUACUUAUGCCUUUUGGCAACGGAGCAAAAGGUUGAUGAUAUGGCUACUUGGAUUUGCCGUAAUAUCUCUCGUAGCGGCUAUGGUUUUGUCAAGACUGAUACAAGGUCCUGCUGAAAAACCAAAUCUGGGAGGGUGCGUUUUUGUGAGCAGCAAAACCGGCGCUGCUAUCCAAUAUUCAUUCUUGAUCAACUACGAAUGUGUUUUGCUAGGUCUGACUAUGUACAAGUUUGUCAAACACUACCGCCGUAACAAGAGUGCACUAGUGACCGCACUUUAUUGGGGCAGUAUAAAGUACAUGAGCUGCAUGAUCAUUGUCACUUUGGCCAACAUUGUCGUCAGCGUGGCUUUGCCGAUUGGGUAUCGCAACGCGCUGGACACACUGCAGCUCGUCUUACACAGCAUACUGGCAUCUCGUAUCCUCUUCGAUCUUCGUGAAACCGAUGCACGCGAGCACAUUGAUGUGUUGCCAAUAGCGAGUAGUAUAUAUUUCUCAAAGGAAGGAGGCUCUUCCGAGUCGUCGACCUUUGCGGACUCGCAAGAAUCCAUGUCUCCAGAAAGUACAAUGUUUUGAGACUUGGACUGGCUCUAAGUUGAGAACUGUACCCGCGAUGUUUGUAUAUUGUGUUGAGUAGUCAAUGACAUUAUCACACUAGACACAAUAUUCACAGUGCUAGCUAUGGUAGCCAAGUCCAACUGUACUGGAGGUUCAGAUAACCCUAACCUUAGUAGAAUUCGGUCUUGUGCAGAAAGUCAUCGCUUUGCUCUCAGCCAAAUGUCUGAAACAACACAUCUUCGUGUUGACGGUCGUCAAAAGGACAGCCUUAGAGAGGUUAAAAUAACAUACGAUGGCCUUGCAAGAGUUGAUGGCUCAGCACGGUUUGGUUUUG